UAGUUUAUUUUAAAUCUGUAAGAACGUAUCUUAUCUAUUUUGGAUUAAUAUCAAUUAUUCUUUGUGUGCCUUUUGUUGCUGGCUUAUUUAUUGGAUAUUCUUACAACAUCUGUGCCAUAUUUUGUAGUGAAAUUGACAAAAAGGGAAUUUUUGAACAAUUCCCAUCGGAUGUUAAAUUUCAACAAAAUUUAAUUUAUAUAUUACAUAUGAAUACAAGAAAAGGAAUUAUUGCAACAGGAGUACAAUUUCCUUACCCUUUAUUACUACAAUUACAGUUCACAACGCCUUUGCGUUAAUACAGUUUGACUUCAAGGUUAUAUUGUAAUUGGCAUGGCAAAAUUAGUGAAUAUUUGGAUAGGUUAAAUCAUUAAAUACAUUCAAAUCAAGUAAAUUACGUUAAAUAUGUAGAGGAAAUAAAUUAUAACUGUAAAAGUUCGCCGACGAAUUAAUGAACAAACAUUUACUAAUGUUCAGGAUUUGUUGAUAAAUCUUUUCCUGUUGAGUUAGGAAACACCUGUAUGUUAUUCUCCUUUAAUCCUAUAUAAAACAUGUUUUAUUCUAGGGAAUACAUUAAAGUGUUAACUUUACAGAUUAACUUAUCGUCAAAAAUAUUUUAUACAACCUAAAUAAAAAAUAUGAAAAUAUUUUCGCCGACUAUAUUAACACUGGUCUUGAUGUGCGAACACUUUAUUCAAUCAACGAGCCAAUGCGUACAUCCAUCUGACGCAAAUCAACAGAUCAAUCGGCUCAAAAACCAAGUGUUUCGUAACUACAUUCUUGGUGACUGGACAUACAAUGUAAUAGACGAAUACCGUAAAAUAACAAGACAUAAUUUUCCAAGAAACCUUCUUGAUGCGACAACCAGACAAAGUCAAAUUCACGGAAAGAGAAGCUGUAAAGAAAACAUAAAGGUUACAUCUGAUUCAGAUAUUGAGGUACAAUCGACAUGUCCAUGGUAUACUGUGAUGGACUUUAAUGCUCAACGAGUACCACAAACAAUUGCUAAAGCAAAAUGCUCCUGUAACCGUUGUUUUACUACAGAUCGGACUGGCAAAACACGUGAUAGAUGCACAAGUGUUAAUUCAUUCAUUCCAGUCGUCAAAUGGAGUUGUCAAAGUAACGGUCCUAGUCCAAUUCCGAAAUACUUUCAAUAUUUCAUCGACAUUGAAACCGUUCCGGUUGGAUGCACAUGUAAACGGCCAAGUAUCAUUUAAGAGUAUUAUUUUAAAUUAAACAAAUGUUUACAGAAACAUUUUACAACAACGAAAAUGGAAAAAAGUUGGCUGGACUGUUAAUUUAAUAGAACAUUAUUUAGGAUAUAAUAUUUUACUAAAGCAUGCUAUAAAAUUGUUAUGUUAUAAAAGUGUUAUGUUAUAUUUUUUUUCUAAAUUAAGUCAUCAUAUGAAAUAUGUAAGAUAUUUUACACAAUGUUCUAGUCAGUCGCAUUUUGUCUCCAGUAUCUAUUGCAAUAUCUUUAUUGAUAUUUUUGAUUCAUGUUCUCAUAUUUUUAUGUAAUUUUAGGUCUAGUGUUCAUAAAUACAUUAUUGUUUUAGCAAAAAAGUGAAUAUACUCAAUUAUCGAAAUAUCAAUUAUUCAGUCACUUGAAAGGAGAACAAUUGAUAACAUUUACUUCAUUUAUGACUUGAUUCACGAAAAUUACAAUGUAUGUUCAAAAUACAAAGCAACUUAAUCAUAAAUGUACAGUUAUUGCAAGAAAUAGAUGUAUACAUGUAUUACAAAUUAUAGUUCGCAAUAAAUUGAUGUCGUUAGUGAAGGACGUAUUGUUUAAACAGGAUAAAAACUUGUUUUCAUUUUUGCUAGUCCAAAAUAAAUA